AUGACUUCCAAAGUGCUAGAAAAUGCUCUAGAAGGAUUGCUACCAUCUGUAUAUCCUCAAUUUCCCAAGGAACUAAUAAGUCUUUCUAAUUCACUGCUAUCACAAUCGAAGGCCAAUGUUAGCUCAUUAAAGCCGGACGAAGAAAUAGCUCGGAUGACAUUAUGUUGUCACCUGGCAAUAGAACGAUUAACAGAUAGCUUCAAUUUCCCACCUCCGAGCACCAAAAAAGUUCCAGUUCCUCCAAAAGUUUACCAAAAUCUACUGAGAUUGUUCCGCAAUGCACUUCCCAGGCGAGGCUCUGCAUCUCCAGUUAAAUUAUCGGCCCCAUCCACUCCUACCAAGAGACCGUCUCCUUUAAAAAGAGCUCAUUUACCCGAUAGAGAAGGGUCCCCGACACCUCAGCGUAAGAAGCUAAAUUUAAACGAGGGUACUAGAAGUGAUGAAGGAGAGGACUUAAAUGAUGUGAAGAGUAAUACUCAAGGCAAAGCGACACCAUCUCCAGUGAAAAGACGUGGACUCGCCAAAGAAACCGAUCCCACACCAAAUGAUUUACAUAGAAUUGCGGAUGGUCUGCAAAUCUCUGACCAUGCGAAAAAUGCUGUUGCUUUCGGCUAUAAAAAGUAUAACAAUCUAGUUAAAGACAGAUGGGGCUUACUCUGCGGUCUAUUCUAUGUAGUUUGCUCACGAGCCCACCCUGAACUACUUGUGAACCAGCGUAGAUUGGAAAACAACAUUAUGUCAUAUGCUGGUGACUACAGUCGUAUGAAUGAUGACAAGAUGGCUGAAUGGAUUAUUUGGGCUGAUAAAAUCGUUGCUGACCAGAGUUGGAUAAGAGAUAUUACAGUCUCUAUUAAACGGCGUCCUAUUGGUGAUUCGCUUAGAAGAAAGCAUUCUAGUGGAAUUGGAAAUAUGAUCACUUUUGGAUUUACUUUUACAAGCAACAGGAGGAUACAGAUGUUUGAAGAGUGGAAGUCAUCAAUCAUGAAGAAAAUUGAAGAACACAAAAGGCCAGAUUCUUCAGAGACCGCUAACGACAAAUGA